AAAAAAUUCAAAUCUCUCCUCUUCUUCUCUCAAAAAUCUGAUCCAAUAUUCAAAAAAAUGGACCAAAAUUUAGAAGCCGUAUCCAAGAGAUUAUGGAAUAUGGUUCGUAUAGCUUAUUACAUGCUCAGAAAAGGCAUUUCCAAGAGCAAGCUUAUGGCCGACCUCACAAAUCUCAUGUCCAAACGCCGUAAGAUCACCGGAAAAGCCUUGAAGAAUCUCAUGUUCCACCACCACCACGCCGCCUCCGCUGCCUUUUCCCUCACCCCUUUUCGCCGGGACCGCCACCUCGCUACUGCCGGUCACUACGAAUUUAGCUGUACUAACAGCCCUGCUUUUCCUAGUUUCCAUUCCACCUUCAACAAACGCCGCCAUUUCUUCGCCUGUGCUCACGCGCCCAACACGCUGGAUGAUGAUGUGGCCGCAAUGAACGCUUUUAAGGCCGUUUUAGAGGCUCUUAACAAUGACGUGGCGGUUGAUGUGGCCUCACCCGCCUUACCUGGGUUCGGCAAGAGCCCGAUGGUGGCGAGACCACUUAGAGUCACUGACUCCCCGUUUCCGCUGUCUGGAGGCGGCGACGACGACUGCCACGUGGACCAAGCAGCGGAGGAAUUUAUAAAUCGGUUUUAUAACGAACUCCGGUUGCAGACAACGGCGGAGUAACACAAUUGCCGGACGGUCGAGAGCCACGUGGCCUCCGAUGGUUUCAAAAUUGACAAUGUUAAAUUUUGUCAAAUCUUGUUG